AUGUAUCGAUACCCUCCUGUCCCAUGUGCACCUCCAUCUCCGUAUCUCACUCCUCUACAUUAUCCUCACCACUUGACAACACAGUCCUACAGCUCAAGAUACAUGUCCAGGCCCCUCUGGGCAGAACCCCGUCGCUACUACGAGGCGCCGUAUCCACCAUCACCACUACAGCCACCGCAGACGCCCUACCGCCCCGUAGAAACAAACUCCCGCCGUCACUCCAGUCCAGCGCAUCCACGCCAACAAGACCACGUUCCCCGCAAGCCGGGUCUCAGGGACACGCAGCACACCAGACACGUGCAUUUCGACCUCCCUGUUUCGCAGCAAAGCAGCAUUAGGCCCGCAAGAACGGCCGCGAGAGAAGAACAGGAGCGUGUGAGAGAAAGAUACCAGGCACGACGAGAAGAAGAAGAAGAAGAAGAAGAAGAAGAAGAAAAAUCAUAUCCUCAGCCCCAUCACGCCACUACUACUACUACCACCAGCACAUCUCUGUCUCGCUCGCACAACCCCCAAAUGCCGCCUCCAACGACAACAGCAACAACGGCAAAGGAAUUCCAAUCCUACUCUUAUUCACACCAUCACCACCACACUCGACAAAAACACAACACCACACCUCCAACCCUCUCCUACCCCCUCACCAUCCCGCCGCCCCUCUCACUCGCACCGCCCGCCCGCCCAACCGUCUACAUCAUAACAUACUCGACGGACCUGAUCCGCAGCGAGACGUCGGCGAUAUCGCUUCUCGCAUCGCAGGUGCCACGACGGGACCCUCGAAUCCCGCACUUGUACACGAUUGACGCGCGCAACAUGCAGCCGCCGUCGGCGGCGCUGUGCGAGCGGUACUCGGGCAUCUCGCCGCUGAUCCAGGACAUUGUCAUGCAGGAUGCGUGUGCGCGGCGGGCCGCGAGUACUGCAGUGCGCGAGCUGCUGCGGUUUGGCGACGAGGAGAAUCGCAGGGAGAGGCGCGGCCAAGGCGCCCGGAGGCUCGAGGUCAGUAUGAGUGUGUGUUGUCAUGCCGGUACGCAUCGCAGUGUGGCGAUUGCGGAGCGCAUUGCUCAGUGUGUUAAAGCUGAGGUGGGUAGGUUGGGCUGUGAAGAGGGUGUUAUGGUUGUUUGUCGCCAUGUUCAUCGUAUCAAGGGGAGGGCGGAUCCUUUUUAA